GUUAUUCUCGUUGCACUGUUGUCAAAAUUCGCAAUACUUGCCACGCUCAUCCGGGUGGACCCGAUUCAUUGCCUGCGAAUGAAUCGACUCCGAGGAGUUGCGUUGCGCGUGGGAAAGAGACAGACAAGACAGUCAGCAGAAGCAGGAGCAGCAUCAACAGCUGAGACGCGCGCGUUGGCGACGGGCGGAACUCCCAAGGGCGACUUGCAGUUUCCGGCCGACGCUGAGCUUUGGUCAGAACUCCAUGACUGCGUCACUCUUCAUGCUUUGCUAGUGCCGUGGGUCUUUCCUUGAAGUGCUUCGUUAGUGCUUCGGUUCUUGUGGCCUGUAGCGAUGAAGAGGUGGUUGCCUUUUCUUAUUUCCGGGGAGUACGUUCGAAUUUUGUUAGCUGUUGCAGCUGUGUUAAAUUGGGAAUUGGGAUCGAUCACGUCGUUGCUUGGUUGUGAGGUGUCAUCUUUAUGGCACGAGAAAGGGUUUUUAAGUGGGCAGGUUGAACAAGGCAACGACUGAUUCAGCCCUUUGUCCUCCGCAAAUUUAGAAUGUCUGCAUCAAUAUGGAUGCGCCCAAAGUAGCGGAAGAAGUUGGUAAUCUUUUGUUUUAUGCAAGCAAAGGGAAUGCAGCGGGCGUUAAGAAGCUGUUGGAUCAAGGCAUGCCAGUGGAUGCCACGGAUUAUGACGGUCGCACAGCUUUACAUCUUGCAGCAAGUGAAGGUCACACCGACAUAGUCAAGUUGUUACUGGAAUACAAUGCGGACGUCAAUCCAAUAGAUCGAAAUGGAGAUACACCGUUGGCGAAUGCGAAGGAGUAUGAUCACAAGGAAAUCUGUAAAAUUCUUGAAGCCCGACGCGGAUAUGUUAAGAUUCAUGGUCUUGACGAAUUCGAGAUCUCUAUCGCAGAGCUGAACUUGGAUCAGGGCAAGUUUAUUGGAAAAGGUGCCUUCGGAGAAAUUCGAGUUGUGAAGUGGAGAGGCACAGUGGUCGCUGCCAAGACCAUCACUGCUGAAUUGUCGAAAGAUCCUCAAAUUGUGAAGGAGUUUGUAGACGAACUAGCAUUGCUGGCAAAUCUGUCGCAUCCGAACAUAGUGCAGUUCCUGGGAGCUGUGACAACACAGCGGCCAAUGGUUAUGGUCACUGAAUAUCUUCCAAAAGGAGAUCUACAUGAUCUUAUGCAGAAAAGGGGAAAACUGGAUGCGGAAACAGCUAUUCGUUUUGCCCUUGAUAUUGCCAGAGGCAUGAACUAUCUUCAUGAACAUAAGCCGAAUGCUAUCGUUCAUCGUGAUUUAAAGCCCAGAAAUCUCUUGCAACAUGAUGCCGGUCAUCUGAAGGUAGCAGAUUUUGGGUUAGGCAAGCUUCUUGAUCCACUCACAGCAGAUGCCAAUGCUCUAUACGAAAUGACUGGCGAGACUGGAUCUUAUCGAUACAUGGCUCCAGAGGUGUUCAUGCACAAGCAUUAUGAUAAAAGUGUCGAUGUCUUCUCGUUUUCUAUCAUCGUUCAAGAGAUGUUUGAAGGACAAAAUGAACAAAAAUAUCAGCUGCCAAAAUCCAUUGCCAUAGCUCGAGCUAAAAACCAGGAACGUCCAGUUUUCAACGCCCAAACAUAUCCGCCGGGAAUGAAAAAAUUAAUAUGCGAAUGCUGGGACAUGAAUCCGAGAAAACGACCAACAUUUUCGGUCGUCAUACAGCGGUUGGAAAAAAUCCAACUGGAAGGUGGAUUUCUCAACAGUGAUGUAAACGAGAAGUUCGAGAAGAAAGUUCCGCAGAGGUGUACAAUGAUGUAACAUUGCAUUGAAACGUUGUACAGUCACAGAUUACAAAAACAGUAAUAAUCUUCCAAAGUUCCAUAAACGUACUGCGCAGAGCAGAAAUGUAACAGUACUCAACGUCAGCAUUGUCUUGGGCUUUAACAAAUUGAUUCAAUUUGAGAAUUUUCCGACAUCGACAUGUCUGUUAUUUUCCGCCGUGAAACUGGAAUUUGUUUUCGAGUUUUCUUUUCGCAGUGGUUUCCAUACACCACUUGAUUUGUGGCAUAGAAAGACGAGAGUACGAAAAAUGGGGUCAAGUUCAGAGAAUUGUCAUUCAUCAUGGAACUGGAUAUCCAAAUAUUCGAAGACGUAAAUUCAAGUUAGGUUACAUGUUC